UUCCUAAUUCCUGUGCACAAGAUUCGCAGUCUACUGACUUUGUGGAUAAAGAAAGACUUCCUGCACUUUCCGAUGAUGUUCUUGAUUUGUCAUCUUUAGGAUUUGAUCAUGCUCGUCCCACAGAAUCUACACCUGAAGUUCCAGUUAAUGAGGAAAUGCCAAAUGUUGAUGUGAAUUUUCCAGCUGAACAGCCUGGCAGCUCUGCUAUAAAUGAGGAUGAAAAUAUUGAUGCAGAGUUUCAGGUGGAAAAUGAAUCCCAAAAGAAAAAAGGACGAAAAAGGCUGGUGAUGAAGAAAAGCCUGCUAGAAAGCGUAAAAAAGCUAAUGAUAAAACUGAGCAGGCAACUAAAGAGAAACCUAAAAAGUUUUUUCACACAACUCGGCAGAAGAGAAGGAUGGUGGACAAGGCUUUAUUGGAUACUCCAGAGGAUGAGAUUGACUUCCAAAGAGUGCGAAUCAAUGAUCUAAUUUUGCUUGCAGAGCACAAGGAGCGGUUGGCGAAAAAGGAGGCAGCACUACAGAACCCACAACCACAAGUAAACCAGAGCAAUUUUGAUAACUCGUCUGAAUUGAACAAUGAAGAGGAGAGGUUUACUUUUGAUGAAGAUGAAAAUGGAGAAGCGUUUGAGGAACAAACAACUAAUGAGGUGGAAGAUAGUACCAUCUACUUUAAUUAUCAAACUUACAUGGAAAAAACACCCCGAGUCCGAUGGUCAAAAGAGGACACAGAAGUGUUGUAUGAGGCCAUACGGCAAUUUGGCUCAGACUUUUCCAUGAUACAACACUUUCCUGGGCGGACACGCGCUCAGGUAAGACUGAAGUAUAAGAAAGAAGAGCAGCGACAUCCAUCAAGAGUUCAUGAUGCUCUAACUAAUCGUUCCAAAGAUCAUUCCCGCUUUGAGCAAGUGAUUGCACAGUUGAAGCAAAUUGCAGCAGAGGAAAUCCAAAAUGAUGACGGCAUAGAUGAGUCAAUUGACUUGACAGGCGAAGAGGUUGAGGGGCAGAAGGAAGAAUCAAAGUCGGAGCAUAACGAGGAAGCAGAGGUCCAAUACAAGAGUGAGUUUUGAUUUAAAAU